CCCGGCCCCGCCCCCGCGCGCUAGCAUUCGGCGGAGCCGCCCGGGCGGCCGGGACCCGCGAACGCCUAGCCUGGGGCGCAAGGCGAGCGCUGCCAGUCGCUCCAGCUCCUGCUCCUCGCCCGGCGGGCGGGCCAUGUCCCGGACUCUGGCCGCGGCGCGCACUCCGGUCCGGCCAUGAGGAGCGGCGCCGAGCGCAGGGGCAGCAGCGCCGCGGCGCCCCCCGGCUCGCCGCCCACCGGCCGCGCGCGCCCCGCCGGCCCCGACGCGCCCCCCGCCCCGCCGCCGCCCGCCGCCGGCCAGCCCCGGGCCAGGGACACGGGCGAUGCCCGCGCGCAGCCGCGCCCCCUGUUUCCGUGGAGCAAGUGGAAGAAGAGGAUGGGCUCGUCCAUGUCGGCGGCCACCGCGCGGAGGCCGGUGUUUGACGACAAGGAGGACGUGAACUUGGACCACUUCCAGAUUCUCCGUGCCAUUGGGAAGGGCAGCUUCGGCAAGGUGUGCAUCGUGCAGAAGCGGGACACGGAGAAGAUGUACGCGAUGAAGUACAUGAACAAGCAGCAGUGCAUUGAGCGGGGUGAGGUCCGCAAUGUGUUCCGGGAGCUGGAGAUCCUGCAGGAGAUCGAGCACGUCUUCCUGGUGAACCUGUGGUACUCCUUCCAGGACGAGGAGGACAUGUUCAUGGUGGUGGACCUGCUGCCGGGGGGAGACCUGCGCUACCACUUGCAGCAGAACGUCCAGUUCUCUGAGGACACCGUGAGGCUAUACGUUUGUGAGACGGCACUGGCCCUUGACUACCUGCGCAGUCAGCACAUCAUCCACAGAGACGUGAAGCCCGAUAACAUCCUCCUGGAUGAGCGAGGACAUGCGCACCUGACUGACUUCAACAUCGCCACCAUCAUAAAGGAUGGCGAGAGGGCGACUGCGCUGGCCGGGACCAAGCCGUACAUGGCUCCGGAGAUCUUCCAGUCUUUUGUCAACGGUGGGACUGGCUACUCCUUCGAGGUAGACUGGUGGUCGGUGGGGGUGAUGGCCUACGAACUGCUGCGUGGAUGGAGGCCCUACGACAUCCACUCGGGCAACACCGCGGAGUCCCUGGUGCAGCUGUUCAGCACCGUGAGCGUCCAGUACGUGCCCACCUGGUCCAAGGAGAUGGUGGCCCUGCUGCGGAAGCUGCUCACCGUGAACCCCAAGCACCGCAUGUCCAGCCUGCAGGACAUGCAGGCGGCCCCCGCACUGGCCGAUGUGCUGUGGACCGAGCUGAGUGAGAAGAAGGUGGAGCCCGGCUUCGUGCCCAACAAAGGCCGCCUGCACUGCGACCCCACGUUUGAGCUGGAGGAGAUGAUCCUGGAGUCGCGGCCGCUGCACAAGAAGAAGAAGCGCCUGGCCAAGAACAGGUCGCGGGACAGCAGCAGGGACAGCUCCCAGUCGGAGAAUGACUACCUUCAGGACUGCCUUGAUGCCAUCCAGCAAGACUUUGUGAUUUUUAAUAGAGAAAAGCUGAAGAGGAGCCAGGACCCCACAAGCGAGCCCCUGCCCGCACCUGAGCCCGGGGAGGGUGCAGAGGCCUUGGCGGACGGCGAGGGGGGGCGCUCGGCCCUACAUGUGUGCGGCACCAUUUGCCCCUCGGCCGGGAGCGGCUAGGCGGCCCCUGCCCACGGCGUCAGCUCAGGUCACGCCGGAGACUCGGGGCCUCCAGAGGGACCCGGCGGCGGGCGGAGGCCCAGCAUCGACUUUCCCACGGAGCGGCCCGGCGGGUCCAGGCCCAGGCCCAGGCCGGCGGCUCCCGCUGCACCCCGGCUGGACUUUCCCUGGACAGUCUGACCGCCGAGGCUGCCCUCUGGCCCUCGGCAGCACGUGGGGACAAGAGGCUGUGGGUGUGGCCAAGAGCAGUGGGCACGGAGGGCGGGGCCACCUGGGCAAUGGCGGACGGAAGCACGUGGCCCACACGCGGGCUCUCCUGGUGGCCCCCCGACGGGCCGCGUGGUUGGACGGGCACCCUGGUCUCCUGCCACCUGCUGUACAUAGCUCGCCUUGCCCAGCCGUGCCGCCUGGAGCCGGGGUGGGGGUGGGGGGCCAGCCCAGGGGCUGCUCGGCUCCUGUCCAUCAAGGGGGGAGGGGUGUGGGCGUGAAGAGUGUUUUAUAGAGAUACAGACCGUUCUGGUAAUUUCUGCUGUGUUCCUGUAUAGUUUCCACCUCUGAGAAAAACAACAUGAGAACCACUUGGUGUUGGCUGUUCUGCGCGUUCUGUGCCUGCUGCGUUACAGAGAACGUUCGUCUGGGAGUCGGGGCGGUGCCUGCUGGGGCAGGGCCUCCCCGGAGCCCCGGUCCUCAGAUGCCCGUCUCCUGCCCCCGGCGCCUUAAGGCCGCUGCAGGGUUGAGGGGCAGGUGGUGCCUGUCAGAGGGCAGGGGCACCUGGGGCAGAACCGUGAAAUCGACAAGGACCGGAGCACCCACAGAUUGGAACAGCUCACGGCCCCUGCUCCCCCAGGUGCAGGGAGUUAGGGUUAGCAGCACAGCACAGUGAGCCCACAUGGGGCACAUGGGCCCAGGUAGCACCGGGGAGCCAGGGUCCAGAGGUGGGCGGUACUGCAGGAUGCCCUGUGGCAGUGCCGAUCCCCAGAGAAAGUUCUGGGUGGAGACUUGGUGAUGUCAGAGGCAGGAACUGGGCAGGGGGUAGGUGUGGGGUUUUGUAUAAACCCGUAUUGUAUAUGGGUUUUUGUGUACAUCUAAGUGUGCGUUUUGAGGCCCGAGGGGACAGCAUGCCUAUCUCCCGAGUCGGUGGAGGGAUGUGGGUGUGGUCUGGCUCCCCGAUCACCCCGUCUCCCUCUGGGGGAGGGGGACACUGGUGCCGUGAACACUGACUUCAGUGGAGCCCCAGGAAUCCAGCUCUGAGGCCACGCUGACCAAACAAACCUGAACCAGAGGGAGCCCCCGGGAGUGCUGCAGGACCACCAGGACGGACCAUCU